GUUCAGGUUUUUUCCGAGAGUGGAAAGCUAGGGCCCCCUGCUCGCUUCUCUUUAUCUCUUUUGUUCCUAUCCAGUUCAACAGUGAUACUGAUACAGACAUGGAAGCCAACGAAUUUGAAUAGCAUCUUGUUUUCUUGUGAUCCAAAAUUUUCUUUCGUGCUUGGUUGUUUGGUUGCCGACAAAACUGAAGCGAAAUAAGAGGAGGAACGGAGAGCCAAACGAGUUUUUGAUUUGAAGAAGCUUAAGCUAGUGUUAGGAAAAGCGACUUGCAAAUCCUGCCUGAAGUGUGCUUGACUUCCUAGUUGCUGCGGCCGUGACGAGGAAUCCAUACUUUUGAGUCGCAAGUUGUGCCUGACUUCCCGGAUUCCUGCGACCGUGACAAGAAAUCCACAUUUCGGUGCAAUCGCGGACGACGCUUGGCUUAGUUUUGUUUCAGUCACUGGAUUAGCUUGAAUCUCUUUUUUUUUUCCUUUUUUGGUCUGGUAAACUGUAGUUUGACGACAGUUCGUUCUCAUGAACUUCAUGUGCCCGAAAGCCCUUAAAAUAGAGUUCUCUUCUGCAAUCUGUCUUCUUUAGUUUUGCUUUUAGUAUCACGAAUUAUAUUAGUUUGUGAUACUUUGAUUACUGAGAAUAGGUUCGUCGGAGAUGGGAUUUUUGUUUCUCUGUUCAACGGGGCCACCGCUAAAAAGAAGAGCUGGUUUGAGGAUAAAACAAGCAGGGAGAGGAUCUUAUCGGGGUAGUUAGUGAGCCUUUUGUGGAUUCUAGGUGAGUUUCUUUAUUAGUAGUAAAGCUCUUAUUAUUCUUAAAAGUCAACGGGAUGGGAACUACUGCUGUGAGGCAAUUGUUGAGGAGUCUUUGCAGCAAUUCACAAUGGAAGUAUGCCGUUCUUUGGAAGUUAAGAUACGAAAACCGAAUGAUUUUGAGCUGGGAGGAUGGAUAUUACGACCACCCAGAACCAAGGGUUACAUUAGAAACUCUGUCAGAUGAUUCUUGGUGUAGGGGUUCCGGUGAUAUGAUUCCUUUGUACCCUGAGACGAGCAUAAAAACUGGUGGUUCUGGAGAAUCUCCAAUUGGACAGAUGGUGGCUAAUAUGUCAAAUCUUCAGUAUACUUUGGGAGAGGGAAUUGUUGGUGAAGUGGCUUAUACAGGGAACCAUUGCUGGGUUUUAUACGAUGAUAUUUUCACCAGCGAAGCUAACUCCAAGUUAGUUAAUGAGUAUCCAAAUGAAUGGCUACUUCAGUUUGCAUCAGAUAUCAAGACUAUUUUGCUGGUACCUGUACUUCCACAUGGUGUUCUGCAACUUGGCUCAUUGGAAGCAGUUGCUGAAGAUAUAGCAGUGGUUGCUUAUAUCAAGGAUAGAUUUGCUGUUCAUAGUGCUCCUGCAGUUGACAGUGUCAAGGUAGAUAAAUACACACUGUCGGCUUUCGACCAACCUGUGUCACCAUUAUGUAUUCAAGAUGCACUUGAGAUAUAUAGACAAGAUCAACUAAAUAUUGCGCUACAUCUUUUGCUUGGUGAUGUGUCAACUUCACUCGGUCCUAUAAAUAGGAAUCAGUCAGAGAUGGUGGAUGAUAAGCUUCUUGGUUUGUCUUGUAUAGAAGAACUACAAGAAUAUUCUCAACAUAUAAAUUUUGAUUUGGGAGUAUUUGAUGAAUUUUUAAAUGGAACUGUGAAUGGUGAUACUGCUGGUCAUUUGCUGGAGCAGUUUUUUGGGGAUCAAGAUGCUGCAAGAUAUAUGAGAAUGAGUCCUUUCCUUAGCUUUCCCAGAGAAUGUGAGUUGCAUAAAGCACUUGGACCGGUUUUUGAGAACCAAGUAAAUGAGUAUCUGCUGGAGUCAUUCUUUUCUAGAGGGGCAGCAAGUAACAACUCAAGAUUCGUCUGCAGUAAAGAUCUGGUAGACUGCAUUGAACCUUUACAGUCUGAUAAAGGGGAUACAGAAUAUUCACUAGAAGCUGUCGUUACAGUUGUAAGUAGCAGCUCAGAUGAUAAUUCUUCUGGUACAUUGAACAGCCUCAAGAAUUACACAACCUCGGCAGGACAAUCUGCUGCUUCGUCUCAACCAGAGAACCAAUCGGAAAUUCGAGCCUCAGCAGGGCAUGAUUCAGUGCCAUGGAGUCCACUUACAUCUGCUCCUGUUGCCCAGGGUAAUAGCGGUGUUACUGCAUUUUCCUUUAAGAGUACAUUGAGCACGGUAAUUGUUAAAGAUGAGACUGAAAAGAAUGAAGGUUACAUUCGACCUCGGAAAGGGAAGAAGACGUCCACUAUGUGCAAAAGGAGUAGGCCAUGUGAAAACCGAAGGCCAAGACCAAGAGAUAGGCAGAUGAUCCAAGAUCGAGUCAAGGAACUGCGAGAACUUGUUCCAAAUGGUUCAAAAUGCAGCAUUGAUGGCCUCUUAGAUCGAACCGUAAAGCACAUGCUUUUCUUAAGAAGUGUAGCUGACCAGGCUGGAAAAUUGAAACAGUGGGUAGAUAAGGAGGUUACGACUCGCACCAACAGAAGGGCAUCUGAAAUAAACCAAGGCUACGAGAACGGGACAAGUUGGGCAUUUGAAUUUGGACGUGAAUUCCAAAUAUGUCCAAUCAUUGUUGAGGAUCUUGCAUACCCAGGACACAUGCUCAUUGAGAUGUUAUGCAAUGAGCCUAGCAUAUUCUUGGAAAUUGCCCAGGUGAUAAGAAGCUUGGACUUGACCAUCUUGAAGGGAGAGGUGGAUAGCCAUGGAGACAAUACAUGGGCUCGUUUCGUUGUUGAGGUAGAGGCGACAGAGGGCUUUCACAGACUUGAUAUUUUUUGGCCCCUUAUGCAGAUUUUGCAGUGCCACCGGAACAUUCCUAACGUUUUAUAAUGCAGUGCUUAAAAACCUUGAUCCUGUCUUUGUGCAAGUGAGUAAAUACAACAUGAGUGAUCUUAAGCAUUAGUAGCUGAACUGCUACAAAAUGCGAAAGUGAAAGUGAGUAAAAUGUAAGUUAAUCUGAAAGUUAGUAGCCGGACUGCUCCAUUGUGUCGUACGAGGAUUUAUUGUUUGUAUGCAAACUGAUAUUAAUGUUCUUAAAUAUUA